CGGGCUAGCUGCAAAGUCGGCUAUAGAGCCAAGAGCCAACCGCAAAGCCACAAGCAAAGCUCGGGAGUGGUCGAAGUGUAGAGAGCGGUUUGAGAAGUUUCAUGGUUUCAUCAUUUCAUCGGUUUUAUCAGUUCGUGUAAUUUAGUCCUGAGGCAUAUUUGGAACUUUGCUUGAAAUCUUGAUGUGGUUUUCGUGUCUGCCUUCACCGCUUGUCGUUCUUCUCAUUCUCAGCUCGCUCGUAAACGAGCGGAGUGGUGAAUUUCGCUUCUACAUACGUCGUAAUGAAUGAACGAUAAUUUGCUGUUUCAAAACGUUGACCUAGCGCACGUUGAAAACAAAGCUUAUAAAAUUUGUUGUCAAGUGGCCUCACUCAGCCGACCAAAGACUACUGGAAGAUGCGUUGGGUAUCAUACGAUCAUUCCAUGCACGGAGUGUUUGCACGGGAAGUUCUCCCAGAGGACAAAGAGUUUCUCUUGACACACAAAGACACGUUUAAACGCAUGUGGCAUGAACAGACACCCAUGUAUUGGAUGCGACUUGUAGUGACCCUGCGAUCUUUCAUCAAUACAAAUAUCUAUGAAGAAGGAUUUUGGGAAAAAUUAGCUCUGUCAAGAACAGUGUUCACAGCUUUGCUGGACUCCUGCUAUGCCACCAUAUGUGAAAAAUUUGUGUUGGGAACAUUUGGCAGUGCAAACAAUUUCAUGUCAUCCAUCAUGCUGGUUGUCGCGAACAUAGGCAUGAUGUAUCACAUUGGAUCAAAGUCUAUAGAAGAGGACUCGACAGCACAUGACCCCUUCUACUGUAGCUGCACCAGGGAUUCCUAUCGGGAACUCUUUGGUUCGCCUAGCCCUGCAAAAAGGGCCCAAGUUAAGGCAUAUGUGCUGAUUCCUGCUUUCAGCCGGUUUGCUGCAGCGGUUGUGAUGAUUCUUCGGCAGUGGAUACGGGCGAGGGAUAUGCAGCUGCGGGAUUUCUACCAGGCAUACAGGCAGAACCCAUAUUGGCCACCUCCUGUGAACUGGUGUCCCAACGAUUCCUUUGCGGAUUUCCUUUCUGGCUAUGAAUGGUUGUCCCCCGCUGAAGAUGAAUUGUCUGCAGUACUGAUGAAUGACCCCGACCGUCAGAAGAGCCUCCAAGAUCUUAGUGAACUUCUUGGAAUUAAUGACAGCGAAUGUGGAAGUGGCAUAUCAUCGGAUGAAGAUUCGCUUGAUGUUAUUUCUGCUCUUGCGGACAUCCUCAUUGAGGUACCUGAAUGGGAAAUAGACCAUGUUGAGGCAACCUGCCUCUCUUGCUGUGAAUGUAGGAUGAACCCCAUUGACUUAGCUGUGAGUGAGGUGCAGCAGGAACUGGUUCGUGAGUGCACUGGAGCACUGUUUUGGAAACAGGAGAGGAUGGUGCGUAUCUUAAGGAAGGCAGAAGUCAAGUUUCAGAAUGAAGUGAAAAGGCAAGGCAUCAAACUAAGGACAAAUUUCAAGAACGUUCCUCCCAAAAGGGAAAGUAUAAAAUCUCGUAAGGUAGUCUCAGAAGUCAAGGAAGCAAGAGAGCUCUCUGCGUCAGGUUGUGCAUCUUCUAAUACUGCACAAGUGUCAAACUGCCAGGAGAAGGUGUUACCAGAUGUUUGCAAAAAAAAGAAUGGAGAACCUACCAGCAAAGAACCAAACCAAGCAAGAAAAGAAGAGGCAAGAAGCGUGCAGCUGAACGAAACAAACUCUAAAGAGUCUAGUGCAGCAAAUGCCUUACUGCAGGGGGGGAAACAAUGUGCCUUCUGCGGCAGAAGCGAUGGCUUGAAGCUCAAGAGAUGUGCACUGUGUGUCCGAAGUGGCUUCCAAGUCCCUCUUCGGUACUGCUCCAGGGAAUGUCAAGUGCGAGACUGGGAGGAGAAGCAUCAGUAUGCCCAUCAGCAAGAAUGUGAAGAAAUAAUGUGAAGAGGACAUUCAUCAAUGUUGAAGUUGUCAUAUUUAUAUUCCUAUGAAUAUAAGAGAAUGUCACGUUAUGAAAAAUCA